AUGGACAUUGCAACGAGGAAAGAAAUACCCAACGGGCACCACCUGAUGCACCACGAAGAUUCUGGAAAUUACGCCAAUGAUCACAGGGCUGAUGAGUUCGAAGAAGGUGAUAGAGAUAACCCGGAGGGGAUGAAGAACAAACAGUCCACUGAAAUGAACAGCGGAAUGGACAGAAGCAGAGACAAGCAACAUGUGAAGGAGGAAAUUGAAGGAAGAAGCACAUAUGUGAGCAAAGAAUAUAAAGUACACUGGAGGGAAAGGGAAAGAAUACAGAAAGUUAUCAACAAGGAGAAGGAACUAGAAAAGGAUUUCGUGAAGAGGGAGAAGGAAUGGAUUGAAUUGGAAGAGCAGAUCAAGAAUGAUACAUAUAAAGAAUGGAACAAACUGCAGCAGAUAAAAAAGAAAGAUAUUGCAAAAUUAAUAGAAUUGGACUUAAAGGGGGAACAGGAAAAUGCUAAUUUGUCUACGUCGAAGAGGAGGGAAAUGAGGAACUCCAAGAGGAGGAAGGAAAAGGAGCUGGACGAUUUGGAUCGCCAUAACGAGAUGAGGGAGGCGGAGGAGGCGAAUAGGAGGAAGGAGCAACUGGAUCGAGAUAAGGAACAGGCGGCCAGGGAAAUUGACAGCAAAUCUGCCAAAGAAGCUAACAGAGAGGAAGCUAAGGACGCCCCGCAUGAGGGAGAGAACCAAACCGAGAAUAAGUCAGACGAAUCUCCUGAAGAGGAAAUCGUAAAAGCAAACCAUCCACAAGAGAACGAAAAUAGAGCGAAUAUUUCGAAGUCCAAGAGCAGUUUUUUUAUGAAUGCCUUGUCCUUUGUUUUUGACAGGAGCAGUGAGGGUAAGGCGGAGGAGAAAGGGGAAGACGCGCUGCAUGGUGAGGCUAGCGGUACGGCAAAUGAAAAAGGGGAGGCGAAGGAAGAAUGCGCUACCUCCAAGGGAGAAGCAGAGAAUGAUAAUGCGGAAAACGCUGACGUGGACAAGACUUGUGUGGAGAAUUGCAUGGCGGAAGAGGCGGAGGACAAAUCCCCCAUGGAGACGCGAACGAGUAAGCGAAAACCCCCCGCCGCAGAACCGAUCAACAUAAAAGUGAACGAGAAAAAAAAAAAAAAAAAAAACAUAGACUCGGAAAGGGCGACAAGAGUUUCUACGAGGAAAGCUCUACAAAACGUAUUCAACACGAACGAUGAAGAUGAGAUGUUCGGAAGGAAGAAGAGGCCAGUAGCCAAGUUGGAUGGGAAAGGUAAAGGCGCGAAAGAAGAGGAAGAAGAAGAAAGAGCAGCAGAAGAAGGAGCAGCAGAAGAAGGAGCAGCAGAAGAAGGAGCAGCAGAAGAACCCGCAGAACACGCGGAACCAGAGGAAAAUAUCCAAACCAUAGAUGUGAUAGAAAACUCGAAAAAAAUCCUGGAGAUGGUUCCGUCCAAUGAAGAAGAAAUAUUUAACUUCCCUAUAGACUGGAAAAUCCUAAAUCAGAAGGGAAAUAUAAUUACAAAAUUGAAGCCGUGGAUAUGCAAAAAAAUAACAGAGUAUAUAGGCUCUGAUGAGAAGGAAAUAACAGGGCAAAUUAGCAACUAUUUUGUGGAUCAAGUUUUGAACGAGAGAACUCCAAAGGAAAUGCUUGUUCAGGCUGAAAAGUUUCUAGAUGCAGAUGCCAAGAAAUUCAUUUUAAAUAUGUACAGGCUUAUUAUUUUCGAGCAGCUCAAGGUGACAAACGUUACGUGA